AUGGCGGAAGAUGUGCAAAACGAUGUCUCUGCAAACAAGGCUGAUCUGACAGACAAGGAACCUGAGGCGGGACAGUCGAAACGGAAGGAUAGUGGCGUCUCCCUAACGACCUUGCAGUCCGAUGGUGACCAUAUCUCUCCUGAUGAGUCAAAAGAUGAGGAUGUUGAGCCCAUCAUUAAAUCGCCAUCUGGAACAGAGCCGACAGUGUCAUCAAAUGGAGUGCCCAAGUCAGAGGCCCAAUCCGAUGAGGAUGCCUCAAGCGGAAAUGUCCAGCGGGAGAGAAAUGCCGAUAUACCAGCCCUCAUCUUCGACAUCGGUGACGUGCUAUGCAACUGGACCGCACCAGUAGCCUUGCCUAUAGCGCCUGCGAUGUUGCACAGGUUUCGCAAAACACGGUUCUGGUACGAGUAUGAUCUCGGCAUGAUAACACAAAACGAAUGCUAUGGCCUGCUUGCUGAGCAAUACAGCGUCUCAAGUUCGGACAUUGCCCAAGCUUUUGACAAGGCUCGCGACUCCUUGUCGCCCAAUUACACUGUGUUCGAGAUCAUCAAAGGACUCAAGGCCAGGUACCAGGCGACUCUCAAAACAUAUCUCAUGUCAAACAUUCCAGCUGCUGAGUGGAAGGCUCUGAAAGAGAACCCAGAUUUCGACUGGUCUCUCUUCGACGGUUUCUUCACGUCCAGUGCUGCAGGCAUGUGCAAACCCGAGUUGCGCUUUUACCGGCAUGUUCUGCGGCAGGUUGGCAUGAAGCCCACAGAAGUAGUGUUGGUUGAUGACAACGCCGAGAAUGUUCUUGCAGCACGAUCUAUCGGAAUCAAGAGUUUUAGGUUUAGGGGAUCCGAGGGUUUAGACCGGUUUUUGAAGACCACCUUUCACGAUCCUGUGCAAAGGGGCCUUGAGUAUCUGAAGAACAACGCUAAGCAAAUGUGGAGUGUGACGACGCAGGGGAGAGAAGUGAGAGAUAACUUCGCCCAACUCUUUUUGUAUGAGGCUGCGGACGACAUAGACCUGGUCAACCUGACAUUUUACGAACGAACAUGGAACUACUACAUUGAAAAGCCACUGGACACGGUUGAGAAGUUUCCUGAUGAUAUUGACACGACUUCACUGGCAAUGAUUUUGCUGCCUAACGACAUUGAGAAAGCUAAUGAUAUCUUGGACGAGGUCCUAAGGCAUACCAAUGCAGAUGGCAUCAUCAUGACGUAUUUCGACAACAAACGACCUCGCGUGGAUCCGGCCGUGUGCAUCAAUGCCCUUCGCUUCUUCCACAAGUACGCGCGAGGGGAUGCAGCUGCCCUGCAGCCCACCAAGGAUUGGGUUUCGGAUGUUCUCUUCUAUCGAGCCUACCUGGACGGCACAUACUACUACCCGACGGGAGACGUCUUCCUCUAUCUGUUCAGUCGUCUUCUGACUGCCAACCCUGAGAGCGACAUGUACCGCCGUACAGCGUCGUUGUUGCGGGAGAGACUACAGGAACGGAUUGGCACGAGCGGUGAUGCCCUAGAAUUGGCCAUGCGCGUGAUUGCGUGUCUUGACAUGGGCAUCAAGAAUGAAGUCGACCUGAAGAGACUCGAAACAAGCCAGCAAGAGGACGGCGGGUGGGAGGUUGGCUGGUUAUGCCAGACAGGCAAGACAAGUCUCGAGAUUGGGAACCGAGGCCUGACCACCGCCAUGGCUGUCAAGGCGAUUGAGAUGGCGAGGAAGACGAGAUGA